AUGUAUACAAGGAUUAAAGGUACAAUAGAUAUAUUCCCAAAGGAGAAGCGAUUGUAUCAAUUCGUUGGUAAUGUAGGUAGACGUGUUGCAGCGAUCUAUGGAUUCAAAGAGAUGUCCACUCCGAUCAUUGAACACACCGAGCUGUUUCAACGAUCGGUUGGCGACGACAGUGAUAUCGUCUCGAAAGAGAUGUAUUCAUUCAAGGAUCUCGGUGGUUCGAUGACUUGUUUACGACCUGAGAAUACAGCAGGUGUAGUUCGUGCGGUGGUCAAUGAGCAAUCGGCUGCACAUAUGCCACAACGAUACUUUUACAGCGGACCUAUGUUCCGUUAUGAACGACCACAACGUGGAAGACAAAGACAAUUCGAACAACUCGGAAUCGAAUCAUUCGGUGAAUCAGAUCCAUCUUCUGACGUCGAAGUAAUCGAUUGUGCCAAUAUGUUUUUAAAUCAAUUAUCUAUUACCAAUGAUAAAUAUACUUUAAAGAUAAAUUCAUUAGGUGAUUUAGAAUCUAGAAGUAAAUAUUUAAAUCAAUUAGAAUUAUAUUAUAAAGAUAGAAGAGAAAGUUUAUCAAAAGAUUCACAGGAUAGAUUGGAUAGAGGAAGUAUUUUGAGAAUUUUAGAUUCAAAAGAUGUAAAAGAUAAAGCUAUCAGUAAAGAUGCACCAAAGUUAUUUGAUUAUCUGAAUAGUGAAAGUUUAGAUAGAUUUAAUAAGGUAUUGAAUGGAUUGGAUAAAUUCGAAUUGAAAUAUCAAUUGGAUCAUAAUUUAGUACGAGGAUUAGAUUAUUAUAAUCAUACUAUAUUUGAGAUGGUUGUUGGCGAUGAAACAACGACAUCAUCGGCACCACCUCUGGCGAUAUUGGGUGGUGGUCGUUACGAUGGUCUGGCCAAUAAGUUUGGUUAUAAAUCACAGAAAUCAGCGGCAUUACCAUCGAUUGGCUGGGCGUGUGGAGUGGAGAGAAUCUUGAUGUUUAUGGAUCAACAGUUGUUAAAGCCAGAGACCAAGCCGAUUGUUGUUUGUACAUUCGAGAGUAACGAAUCGAUCGUUCAGUUGGCAAGAGACAUAGCGAGAACACUUCGACACCAAGGCUAUGCAGUGAUUGUCUCUGAUUUGAAUUUGUCAACCUCCAAACAAAUUAGAAACGCAAAUCAACGUUAUGAACCGGAAGUUGUCAUUGUCGUCGGUGGUGAAGAAGCAUUGACCAACUCUGUACAAAUCAAACACAUGGCAACUGAAUCUAAACAUACCGUCCGAAUUGAAAAAAUUACCGAUCAUCUCACUCAAUUAAAUAUACAAACAAUUGAUCCAAUAAACAAUAUAUGA